CGGCUCCAAAGAUACCAACGAGGACUUUUCUGCCUGUCGCUCAGUUCCUUUGCCAUGAUGAGCACGAACGACACGGGUGUGAUGGCCCAGAUUGGGGAUGCGUGUAGCGCCCUGGCAACCUGCGACGAGUGCAUCAAGACGUACACGUGCCACUUCUGCGAGAGAGACCUGCAAUGCCAUGCGAUUGGGUCCACCUCUGGCUGCAUCAAGGGCAUGUCCACGUGCCACCACAUCGAGGAUUGCGUCCGUUCGACCCCUCAGUACGUCGGGUAUGGCCCGCCCGGCUAUGUGGUGCUUGGGGUGUUGUGUUUAGUGGCUACACUGGUGUGCUGCGUGGGCGGCUGUAGCGUCCUCGUGGGGAUGAUUCGACGGGGCCGCGCAACGUCGCCAGUACCUCCGCGCCGCGAUUCGGCCAAACCCAGCAACGCCGACAUUGACAACGACGUGACCACGUCCCUGUUGAGCCCCGUUGACGAUGUGGAAGAUAGCGCGGAUAGAGGUGCCCUGCCUGUGUCCACUGCGACCGCCACCCAGCAAACCGCCACAUUCCGCACCUUGUGCAGUCGAACCAUUUGGUUGGGCAGCCUCGUCGCCUUUACAAUUUUGGCUCUGAUGUAUUAUCCUCGCGUCCCAGACUACCAGAUUUGCAACCAAGAGUUUGACUGGGAAUCGAUCUUUGCGAGCUUGAUUAGCGUCACGCCGAAAAUUCACUACCAGAUCAUCACCAGCGUUGUGAACGAGAACCGAUUCGCUUUCCAUUUGGAUAGCGGUGUUGCUGACAUCAGUCACAACGGUAUUAAAGUGGGCACGUGGGCUAUCUCAAACUGGACCGCAGAAGCUGGCGCUGUGACGGAUGUACAAAUAUAUUAUUUCGAUGUACAUAUAUAUAUAAUAUAUAUUGUAAUUGUUUCUAGAUGCUGGCGAUGGUCAAGAUUGAACCGAGCACGUAUCUUGAAGCGUUGUCGCUGUGGAAAGAUUUCCACUACAACAACUUGACGUUUCAAAUCGACACCAACCUCACCGGCUCCAUUCGUUGGGGUUCUUUCAAGCUCUAUGGGUUUACGGUACAAGCGCCGGCCGUGGACUUUUUGGUGGGCGACAAAUACCCUCGAGAUCUGUGUAAAUGCACAGAGUACUUGACCCCCACCUCGGAUGCCAACAUCUUUCUCCAAUAAAACCAAUACUAAUAUCGCUUGAGUCUUA